AUGAAGGAUUUUUUAGUAGCAGUUAUAAAGGCUCUUAGCGGCGCGGGUGGCGGCGGCGGCGCGAGGCCCCGGGUCCCAGCGCCCGGGCGCGGCGCUCCUUGCAGUCAGUCAGUCAGUCAGAGCUCGCAGCCGGGUGGCGCCGCGGCGGCCGGGCCAUGGAGCGAGCUCCUGCAGUGGAUCGACACCACCGCCUGCCUGGCAGCUGAGAAACAUGCUGGUGUUUCCUGUGUGACAGCAUCAGUGGAUGACAUACAGUUUGAAGAGACUGCAAGAGUUGGACAAAUCAUCAAUGUCAAAACAAAAGUAAACCGAGCAUUCAGUACUAGCAUGGAAGUUGGCAUCAGGGUUUCUGUACAGGAUAUCUUGUCUAAUGUUCAGAAACUCGUGUGUGUGGCUUAUGCUACUUAUGUAGCUAGACCAGUUGGUGCUGAAAAGGUUAAGAUUAAACCAGUAGAGCUUCAGUGUCCCCAGGAUCUUCUGGAGCACAGUCUGGCUACUGAGAGAAGAAAAAUCCGACUGGAUCAUGAACAUGUCUUUCAGAAUCUGUUGCUGGAGAGUAAAGUUGAAGAUAGUCAAAACAAUAAUUUUAGUGAUAAAGAGGAAGUUGCUGUUUCAACUGACCUCACCCGUGUGCAGAGCAUUGAACUUGUCUUGCCUCCUCACGCAAAUCAUCAUGAAAAUACAUUUGGUGGCCAGAUUAUGGCUUGGAUGGAGACAGUAGCUAGUAUUUCAGCAAGCCGCCUCUGCCGUUCAUAUCCCAUCUUGAAGUCAGUUGACAUGUUUAAAUUUCGGGGGCCCUCCACUGUUGGUGAUCGUCUUGUCUUCAAAGCAGUAGUUAACAAUACAUUUCAGAAAAGGGUUGAGGUUGGUGUUCGUGUUGAGGCCUACAACUGUGAGGAAUGGACAAAGGGCCAAGCCCGACAUAUUAACAGUGCUUUUCUCAUUUUUAAUGCUGUAAAUGAAAAAGGAGAACUCCUCACCUUCCCCCAGGUCAAACCCACUACAGAGGACGAUUUGAGGAGAUACCAUGGAGCUAUUGCACGCAGGAGAAUUCGACUAGCAAGAAAAUUCAUCCUCUCUGGCAAAAACGAUGAACCUUCUGAUCCCUGGGAUAGGAGCAAUCAGGCAUAUUUGAGUUACAGCAAUGUGGCAACACUAACAGUCCUGGCAACAAAACAUGGAUGGGAAAUCACCAAAACUCUACAUAAUAUAAAAAUAUUCACUCAUGAGGAGAGUGACAUCUUGUCAAUCAAAAUAGAAAUGCAAGUGGAGAUACCAUCAGAUCUAGCUUUCUUCCUUCUGUCUGACUUCAGACUCCGCCUGCGGUGGGACAAACAUUACUUAACUUGUGAGGUCAUAGAAGUUGUGAAUGAAGAUGAAAAAAUAUAUUACAUAACCUGUCCAUCAGUGGAUGGCAAUAAACCCAAAGAUUUUCUAGUCCUUGUGUCACGAAGACAGCCCUGUAAGCCUGGUGACCCUUAUGUAAUAGCUGUGAGGUCUGUGACCUUAAAAACGAUGCCACCUUCUCCCAGCCAUUGCAGAAGUGAAAUCCGAUGUGCAGGAUUCCAGAUAUAUAGUGAUGGUGACAACUCCUGUAUGGUGUCUUACUUUAACCAAGUGACAUCUGGUGUUCUGCCUUACUUUGCUGCAAAUCUCACUGGCUCAUCAAAAUCCAUUGAGGACACUGCUUCUGAGUGCAUCAGGUUCUUGGAGUCGGAAAGCAGCAAGAUUAACAGUACUUUGUUUUAAGUAAAAUCACAUGAGAGCUCUAAAUAAUAUCAGCAGACGUUUCUACAAUCCUGCAUGCACGCACGAUCAGUCUCAAUAUCUGCAUCUCUGUCAGAAUGAAAUAUUUACUUUGAGCUACACAGCUAAUUGAGGGCCUGAUGCUGAGGGUAACUGAGUUCUUGUAACUCCUAUUGGAUUGGUCUGAUUAAACUGUAAAUUCAGCUUUAUACAUUUAAAGGGAGUACAUUUUGGCUCUGGGGAUGCCUUCCACAGGUGUAGAACCCAGAAGGGCAGGACUCAACCGCAUAGGAUGUUAUAAAAUAGGAGAGAAUUUCACACUUACAAAUUCAUAUUAGACCUAAUGGAACUGAAUCAGUUCUUAUGACAGUAAAUGCAUACAUUUUUCAUGUAACAGGAAGCAUCAUAUUCUCUGGCCUGGCUGUCCACUACCUCACAUAUUGGUUUGGUAUUGACGUGUGUGAAAAAGUGAGUAUAAUCUGCUGCUCUUUUGACUACAUAGCCACUUUGCACACACAUAAAUACCUGCACAAGAUGCAGGGGAGUGGAGAAUCUGGUCCCAGAAGUAAAAAAUAUGAUACUGCAGAGGCAAAGAAGAGUGUAUUUAAGCUUGUCUUCUCCACUAAGAAUUACAGUUGCACUUUCCUCGCUAGCUCAUUAAUAGUGUGUAUUUACUUUAUCUAUUGUUCUUAAUAGAGUUUCAUAAAUUACUGUGCAGCUCCAGUCAGAGGGCUGUCAUGAUUUCUGCUACAAAUAUCUUUUUGGAAGGGUUUCAAACUCAGUUCCAAAAAUGUGUUCUGGACCAAAGUAAUUGUAAGAUGCUGGCCUCCUUCUAAUGCACUUUGAAGGCUAAUGAUGCAAAGUGUCAGAGCUUGGUACUAUUAUUAUUGUUAGAGCAUUGAAGAAGUGUGGAAAAAUAGUACACCAAGAAUUCAAGCCAAGUUAAAUUAUAGCUCAAAAAGAAUGCUGGUUUUAAAGGCCUCUUUUUUUGCACUGAUCUGUUUUGUUUAAAAAAUUAUUAUAAUUGCAGGUGAUCAAGGCAUAUAGUGACUAGUCUUUGGAUGAAUUUAAAUGGUAAAAAGCUAGGUCUCACAUCAGUGCCACCUAAGGACUGAUACUCCUGAUAUGAUGGAUUGGUUCAUUCUUGGUCCAGCUCCCUUUGAAGUCAAUGGCAAUAGUCUUACUGAUUUCAGUUGCAACUGGAUCAAGGCCAUGGUCAUAUAGUAAUAGGAUACCCCGUGCCUCCUUAUUUUAUGUGGUCUCUGGGAAUGCCCCCUUCAUGUAUGAGGUCCUAGACUUAGGUUUCACAAGGACAACCCCUACAGUACCAUGGAAGUAGGCGUUUUGUCUCCAGCCUCCUCAUUUAUUACUGUAGCUGUUUUACUUCCAUCAGCCUUUGCACUCCUGGCAGAGACUUCACCCUUUUGGGGAGUGAUGCUAGCACCAGGUUUUUGCUGUCAGUCCAGACAGUCUUCUCAAAGUAAGGUAGAAGUUAUCAGCCAAGUGGAACCCAGGCUUUAAAAGCCACUAGUAUAGCGUGGAAAAAGCAUUCAGUUUGGAGAAUAUGUUGUCAGAAGCACCUCUCUGCUUCCCCACAAACCACCUAGAUUCCACCCCACUUCUUCCCUAUGUCUCUGUGGUCUUUAAAGGCUGACACUAUAUUUGAAGGUGCUGCUGGGUCUGUACAUGGCUAUUUGCACACACCCCUUGUGGACAUGUACUGAUAUCCAUGGCCCAAAAAAGUCAGGGCACCCUGAGAGCCACAACUAACAGGUGUUGGACUGAGGAGGAGGAAGAGGCCUCUCCUACGUAUUUGUUCAGGGGACAUAGUCAGGAAGCUGAAGACCUACGUUCUAGACCCCUUCUCUCUCCCUGGCCCCCGCCCAGGCGGAGUUUGGAUCUGCACCUCUCUGACUUUUUAGGAAUUGAACUACAGGAUAGGCAUUAGCUAGGCCCUUCUCUGGUACUCAUUUUGUCGCUGGCUCCACCCAGGCAGCCAAGAGAGGGAGACCGAGGCACUGCAAUGCAGCUCCAUGACCAAGGCAGUCACACGGCACCUGGGGUAGUACUGGUUCCUGCCAUGCCAUGCCAUGAACAGCAGUAAGACCCGUUUUUGCAGCUCACCAUCCCCCUCUCAACACUUAAGCUUCUGGAGGGAGGGAUGUAGAAAAUAUUGAGGAUGAGGAAGAAGACAGUAAGUCAGAGACCAGUGAGAUGGCUUAGUGAGAUGGCUGCUUUCCCAGUGGAGAGGGAGGAUUUUGGGGUCUAAUGAGAUGGACGAAGGUUCCCAGUGAGGUGGAAACUUUCAUACCGCACUGUCAUGGGUCUACUUUUUCCAAUGACCAUUAAAAGCAAAGACAAGGAUUCAAGUUCAGCCCCUUUCUGGGCAAAAAAGGACCUUGUGUCCAGAUUGCUGGCUUGUGGGACAGAUGCUCUAAUCACUUAGCUGUUUGGGUAAAAUAUAAAUGCAUCUUCCUCCUCUAUUUUGUUUCCAGGCCUUGUUUCCAGGUACACAUAGAUGUUGUCAUCACCGUGUGCAGUUUUAAAAAUGCCAUUCACACAGCUCAAAAACUGCCACUUAGCCAAACAAGGGAAAUGGAAGGCCACCCUAGGCAGCUGGCACCUUAGGAUGGACUCCAGACCCAUGUCAGGUGCUCAGUUCCCCCAUGUGCAACCCAUGGGGACAGUUAGGACACAAAAUAAAGCGAGCAUGGCACACUAAAGUGCCUUCAGGCCUCAUCCAGCCGAAACAGCAUCUGCACAUGCGCUGCUACAAGGUUUUUACUCUGCAGCAGCAUAGUACUUGUAAAUAGUAAUAUACAAAUAUACAAGUAGUAAAUACAAGUACUAUGCUGCUGCAGAGUAAAUUAGUUUACUUCAACCUAAUAGGGAGGCAUGUGUAGUUGCGAGACGUUUACUAUGCAGCUAACUAUCCUACUGCACAGUCAACAUCCUGUGUAGAUGCGCCCAGUAUGUAUGUCACAUAUUUGUGUAUACCUCUAUGUAAUCAUUUGAACAACUGUGUUUUUUACAAAUGUACGUUUUACAAAUUAUUUACUGAAUAAAAAUCACUGAA